AGACGGACCUCAGAGGAUACCAGAGGCAGCCUUGCCUCCUUUCCCCUUUGCAUGUGUUUUGGCGCUGGGGUCCUGAAGGUUGGGGGUCUUCCAUUGCCUGGGGGGCAGCAAGCCCCUAAGGGUGACUAGCCGGGGUGGACCAGGAGGUGCGCACUCCAUGAUCCCUGCCCGCCGGUUUCCUCUCGGGCCUUAUCAGCCACGGCCAGGCAGCCAGACCCUUAUCUGCACAGGCCCAGCAUCCUCUGGCCUCUGCGCCAGGGGGUAAGAGGGAGGAACCCAGGCUGUCGGGGGCGGGGAAAGGGCGGGUCGGUCCAGGAGCAGCUCACUUUCUCUUGGAGGUACCCACCACGACGCCUCCUCCGAGGCUACUCAGGCCCUCUGUAGUAGUCCGGGAGGUGGCGCAGCCCAGCUCUGAGGCCCAACGGGACCACCUGGGGGUGCACACUGGCCGAACUGGACAGUGGAAACUGCUUCCUGACCUGGGCUGAUACACCUGACCACACAGCUGGGUCCUCCAAGCUGUGGGAACUGCUACAGGGUUUGCCUUCUUGGGGCCCAUGUGCCCACCCCAGGCCCAAGCAGGGGUGGGUUCCGCCAUGACUGAGAAAGCUGAGGUGGUGUGCGCCUCCAGCCCGGCACCUGCUCCGCUCCCUAAGCCCGCCUCACCUGGGCCCCUUCCUGCAGAGGAGGUGGACCACGGAAACACGUGCAACCCCUGGCUGCCCCCUGGCGUGCCGGUGAUAAACCUGGGACACAGCAGGCCCACGGGGGCAGCCGUGCCCACCACGGAGCUCAGUGCCUUUCGACCUUCCUUGCUGCAGCUAGCUGCCUUGGGAACGGCUCCACCCACCCUGGCUGUUCACUACCACCCUCACCCCUUCCUCAACAGUGUCUACAUUGGGCCAGCAGGACCCUUCGGCAUCUUCCCUAACAGCCGGCUGAAGCGCAGACCAAGCCACAGUGAGCUGGACCUGGUCGAUGGGCACCAACCCCAGAAGGUGGCUAGGCGAGUGUUCACCAACAGCCGCGAGCGCUGGCGGCAGCAGCACGUUAACGGCGCCUUCGCAGAGCUCAGGAAGCUGUUGCCCACCCACCCGCCCGACCGGAAGCUCAGCAAGAACGAGGUGCUGCGCCUGGCCAUGAAGUACAUCGGCUUCCUGGUGCGGCUGCUGCGAGACCAAGCGGCUGUGCUGGCCUCCGGUCCCAGCGCGCCCGGGUCCCGCAAGCCACCUGCGCACCGGGGCCUGGAGGGCAGCGCUCGCUGCGGGGCGGGACACCGAGCAGAGAGUGCACGUUCGCAGCCCGUGCUUCCUGGGGACUGCGAUGGCGACCCCAAUGGGUCAGUGCGACCCAUCAAGAUGGAGCAGACGGCCCUGAGUCCUGAGGUGCGGUGACCCGAGGCAGCGGCGCCUCACCGGCUGCUCAGUGAACUCCCUGUAAAAGGAUCUCAGGUCGCCCAGAUGAGGAAAACGCCCUGGAGCUGUCUGGAAGGGUGACCCGCGAUGCUAGCCCUCCCCCGCCCCGCCCCGCCCCCAAACUCUUAAGAAAAAUUCCCCGCAGGCAACUUGCAGUGGCUUUGCCAGUGCCCUCUUGCCAGGGCGAGGCUAGAGAGUCAGGAAGGCCAAGUGGCCAUGGGAUCCCCAAGUCCUGAGGGAGGUGGGGAAGGGUCUGGAAGCCUUCGCACGUCUCAUCGGCGCCCCCUGCUGGAGGCAGGAUGACCCUAGACGAGCGUGUGAGAACACCUACCCCAGGAAGCCCAACAGGUUGCGCUUGAUCCAUGAUCCUGUUAACCGCGACGACGAAGACUCGGGCACUCUUGCA